AAGCUCAUCUCACGAUUCAGUUCGAUCCAAUCCGCUCACAGUGAAGGUUGUGGCAUUAUGUUGAACAUUGGAAUUAUCGGUGGUGGAAUCUGCGGCUUCAGCUGUGCCGUGAAAAUUAAAGAGCAUUAUCGAGAUAAAGCCAAAGUAACUGUUAUAUCGGACCAAUUUACACCCAAUACAACUGGAGAUAUAUCGGCUGGCCUUUGGGGGCCAAUCUACUGCGGAGACACUAGUGAAAGGGAUAUAGUUCGAUGGUCAAAAGGAAUGCACGAUUUCUUGCAUGAAUUAUGGUUGACUGACAAAGCCGGCGAGGCUGGUGUUUGCUUGGUCCCAUGCAUUCGUGCUACAACAGAUCUAAACGGUUUGAAGCCUUACUGGGAUGAUGUGGUUUUUGGCUUUUCCAAGUUCACACAGCAGGAGGUGGAUCGUUUAAAUAAGGAGCAAAACAAAGACUACAAAGAGGCUUGUCGGUUUGUUACAUUCACUUCUGAGCCAAUGAAAUUACUGCCAUAUCUAACGAAACGAUUUGAGAGUUCAGGUGGAAUUGUAACUCAAAGAAAAGUCUCAUCAUUGGCUGAACUAGUGAAGGAUUCUCAAUUUGAUGUUAUCAUCAACUGCACCGGCCUGGGGGCGAAAGAAUUUGUUCCUGAUGAUUCUAUGCACGCUAUUCGCGGGCAAGUGAUUCGAGUUGCGGCUCCGUGGGUUUAUUGUGUGCUGUUGGACGAUAGCGACGAUGGAAAUUAUAUAAUUCCAAAUGUGGAUACAGUAGUUUUGGGCGGGACACAUCAAGUUAAUGACUACAAUACAACGCCUGAUGCCGGUGAUCGAAAGCUGAUUUUAAAUGGUUGCAGACAAUUGAUGCCAGGAAUCGUUUGUGGACGCGAAAUUCGCGAGAUGGUGGGACUCCGACCAGGGCGAUCUUCAGUUCGCUUGGAGAUAGAGCCAACCGCCAAUGGAAAGCUCGUCAUCCACAACUAUGGACAUGGCGGAAGUGGGGUUACUCUCGCUUGGGGAUGCGCUGUAGACGUUCUAGACUUGUUAGUAAACAACACAAAAAGCAAACUUUAAUUGGUAAAACGCGUACCUUUCAUUCGAUACACGCGAAUGAUCCUUUAUUAUGAUAAUAAUGAGAUUUUAGGAGGCUGUCUGAAAAGCCCUAUUGAUUAAAAA